ACGUUGGGUCUCUGGCUUCUGACAGUCGCUGGAUAAGCUCAACAGGGAAACAGAUGCACCUUCUCCCCAAUGAGCCCGGAUUUUGCCCCGCUAUUCGACUGCCUCAAUUUAAGUUUGUUAGGAUAUUCCGGAUCGCAGGGGGACUUCUCAAGCCCCCCUUGGGAUCGCGGUCAGUUCUGACGGGGACGGCGCUUGUUCUGCUGAGUUUAUCACACGGUGGUGUUGCUCCACCUCCACCCAUAUGGCUUAUUUCCCCCUUUUUGCUUCGGAAUACACUCACUGAAAAGCAGCCAAAAGCAAUGCUCCCGGUGACCGACCGAAGAAUAUCGGAAUGAACCUGAAGAGUAGAGCUGUCAUUUCAACGCAGAAACCGCGACACGCAGACUACCGGUCACUGAAGGAUCUCCUCCAUAAUUACACAGGGCUAUAUUAGAGCGCGUUCGGCCCGAUGGAUGUCUGAAUCCUUCUGCUCUUGAUAGCUAUGGCAGACUGGACCUUUAAAUAGUUCGAUCCUGGGUGUAAGAGAGAGCCGUUUGGCCUACAUAGUGUGAAGUAAUGAUAUUUGCUCCGGGAGAUUAGUCUUGGCUUGGUCUGAUAUGCAAAUAUAGGCCCUCCCGUUUCCUUUAGCUAGUCGUUUCCUUCUAUAAUGCAUCGGUUCAGUCCACAAUUUCAACGUGGGCAGUCUAUCGCAUGCCUAUUAGCAAACCCUACCUUCGAAGUCACACUUUCAAUUUUUCUGUGGUUGAAGAAAACCUUAAAAAAUUAAAAAUAAAAUAUAAAAAAAUAAAAACAGCAUCCAACUAUAGUAGAUAUCUAGCUGACACCGUGGUUCCGGUUGCACCAUGGUUCUGGUCAUGCGACAUGGGGCCCAUGUCGUGUGGUGCUGCCUGCUGGUGUGUUGCCUGGCAGAGAUCGGGACGUGUCUAGAGUUCACAGGUGCAGAAGGCCAGUGGGCUCGGUUUCCGGUGUGGAACGCGUGCUGCGAGAGCGAGAUGAGUUUCACCAUGAAAACCAAGAGUUCCCACGGCCUCCUCGUGUACUUUGACGACGAGGGCUUCUGUGACUUUCUAGAACUCCUCAUACAGAACGGCAAACUCAGCCUCCGCUUCUCCAUCUUCUGCGCCGAGCCCGCCACCGUGCUCACGGACACGGCGGUCAACGACAGCGAGUGGCACGAGGUGACCAUCCGGAGGAACUUCAAAAACACGACGCUGGUGGUGGACAAUGAGGUCAAAUGGGUCGAGGUGAAGUCCAAACGGCGGGAUAUGACCGUGUUCAGCCACUUGUUCGUGGGUGGAAUACCACCGGAGUUACGUUCCGUGGCGUUGCGUCUCACCUCGUCCGUGGUGAAGGACCAGGCGCCCUUUGCUGGAUGGAUAACUGACAUAAAGGUCAACAAAACGGAGUCGGUGAUGGUCAACAGCGAAGGUGUCCUGGCCGACCUCUGCGGUGCGGCAAACAUGUGCCUAAACGGCGGAGUCUGCAGUUUAAUUGACAACGAGCCGUCAUGUGACUGCUCCCAGACUGGGUUCCAAGGCAAGGACUGCAGUGAAGAGGAUGCUGCUGCCGAAGGUCUGGCACACCUGAUGAUGGGCGACCAAGGUAAAAGUAAAGGGCAAAGAGGGGAAACUUGGCUACUAAGGUCCCUACUGAGCAUUCAAGGAAAGGAGGAGUACGUCGCCACCUUCAAGGGCUCGGAGUUCUUCUGCUACGACCUGUCCUUGAACCCCAUCCAGAGCAGCAGCGACGAGAUCACCCUCUCCUUCAAGACGCUCCAGAGGAACGGCCUCAUGCUGCACACGGGCAAAUCGGCCGACUACGUCAACCUGGCGCUGAAAAACGGCGCCGUCUCCCUCGUCAUUAAUCUGGGCUCGGGAGCGUUUGAGGCUCUGGUGGAGCCGGUCAAUGGGAAAUUUAAUGACAAUGAUUGGCAUGAUGUCAAAGUGACACGGAAUCUACGGCAGCACUCAGGCAUUGGACACGCUAUGGUCACCAUCUCCGUGGACGGGAUCCUGACCACCACGGGCUACACCCAGGAGGACUACACCAUGCUCGGCUCGGACGACUUCUUCUACGUGGGCGGCAGCCCCAGCACCGCCGACCUGCCCGGCUCCCCAGUCAGCAACAACUUCAUGGGCUGCCUGAAGGAGGUGGUGUACAAGAACAACGACGUGCGGCUGGAGCUCUCGCGGCUGGCCAAGCUGGGCGACCCCAAGAUGAAGGUGCACGGCAUGGUGGCCUUCAAGUGCGAGAACGUGGCCACGCUGGACCCCAUCACCUUCGAGACGCCCGAGUCCUACAUCGUGCUCAACAAGUGGAACGCCAAGAAGACGGGCUCCAUCAGCUUCGACUUCCGCACCACCGAGCCCAGCGGCCUGCUGCUCUUCAGCCACGGCAAGCCCAAGCAGCAGCUGCCCAAGGACCCCAAGAGGCCGCAGACGCUCAAGGUGGACUUCUUCGCCAUCGAGAUGCUGGACGGACACCUGUACCUGCUGCUGGACAUGGGCUCGGGCACCAUCAAGGCCAAGGCGGUGAACAAGAAGGUCAACGACGGGGAGUGGUACCACGUGGACUUCCAGCGCGACGGCCGAUCGGGUACCAUCUCCAUCAACACCCUGCGCACCGCCUACACCGCCCCGGGGGAGAGCGAGAUCCUGGACCUGGACGACAACCUGUACCUGGGCGGCCUGCCGGAGAACAAGAUGGGCCUGGUGUUCCCCACCGAGGUGUGGACCGCGUUGCUCAACUACGGCUACGUGGGCUGCAUCCGGGACCUGUUCAUCGACGGCCAGUCCAAGGACGUGCGGCGGCUGGCCGAGGUGCAGAAGGCGGCGGGCGUGAAGCCGUCGUGCUCCAAGGAGCCUCCCAAGCAGUGCCUGAGCAACCCCUGCCAGAACAACGGCGUCUGCCGGGAGGGCUGGAACCGCUACGUGUGCGACUGCUCCGGGAGCGGAUUCCUGGGACGCUCCUGUGAAAGAGACGCCACCAUCCUGAGCUUCGACGGCAGUAAGUUCAUGAAGAUCCAGCUGCCAGUGGUGAUGCACACGGAGGCGGAGGACGUGUCUCUGCGCUUCCGCUCCCAGCGGGCGUACGGCGUGCUGAUGGCCACCACGUCGCGCUACUCGGCCGACACGCUGCGUCUGGAGCUGGAGACGGGCCGCGUGCGCCUCACCGUCAACCUAGAUUGUAUCAGGAUAAACUGUACAUCCAGCAAGGGUCCAGAGACUAUAUUUGCGGGUCAGAAUCUGAACGAUAAUGAGUGGCAUACGGUGCGCGUGUUCAGGAGAGGGAAGAAUCUGCAGCUGACCGUGGAUGACCUGACACCCGUGGAAGGUCAAAUGGCGGGGGACCACUCUCAGCUGGAGUUCCACAACAUCGAGACGGGCAUCGUGACGGAGAAGCGCUUCAUGUCCAUGGUGCCGUCCAACUUCAUCGGCCACCUGCAGGGUCUGACGCUCAACGGCAUGGCCUACAUCGACCUGUGCAAGAACGGCGACAUCGACUACUGCGAGCUCAACGCCAUGAUCGGCUACAAGAACAUCAUCGCCGACCCCGUCACCUUCAAGUCGCGCGCCAGCUACCUGACGCUGACCACCCUGCAGGCCUACUACGCCAUGCACCUCUUCUUCCAGUUCAAGACCACCUCGUCCGACGGCCUCAUCCUCUACAACAGCGGCGACGGCAACGACUUCAUCGUGGUGGAGCUGGUCAAAGGGUACCUUCACUACGUGUCCGACCUUGGGAACGGGGCCCACCUGAUCAAGGGCAACUCCAACAAGCCCCUGAACGACAACCACUGGCACAAUGUCAUCAUCUCCCGGGACACCAACAACCUGCACACGGUGAAGAUCGACACCAAGAUCACCACUCAGACUACCAGCGGGGCCAAGAACCUGGACCUCAAGGGCGACCUUUACAUCGGCGGCGUGGCGAAGGAGAUGUUCAAAGAGCUGCCCAAACUGGUGCACGCCAAGGAGGGCUUCCAGGGCUGCUUGGCCUCCGUGGACCUGAACGGACGCCUGCCCGACCUAAUGUCCGACGCCCUGGACUGCGUGGGUCAGAUCGAGAGGGGAUGUGAAGGCCCCAGUACCACCUGCCAGGAGGACUCCUGUGCCAACCAGGGGGUGUGUCUCCAGCAGUGGGAGGGCUUCAGCUGCGACUGCAGCAUGACGUCGUUCGGCGGACCGCUCUGCAACGAUGCGGGAACAACGUACAUAUUCGGGCGUGACGGUGGACUAAUCACGUACACGUGGCCCCCCAACGACCGGCCCAGCACGCGUGCGGACCGCCUGGCGGUGGGCUUCAGCACGCACCUGAAGGACGCGGUGCUGGUCAGGGUGGACAGCUCCUCGGGCCUGGGAGACUACCUGAAGCUGCAGAUCGAAAAGGGGAACAUCGCAGUGGUGUUCAAUGUGGGGACCGAAGACAUAAACAUUGAGGAGAAGGCAAAGUUUGUAAAUGAUGGGAAGUACCAUAUAGUGAAGUUCACGCGGAGUGGGGGUAAUGCCACUCUGCAGGUGGAUGACUUGCCCGUGAUUGAGCGCUACCCUACAGGCAACAAUGAUAACGAACGCCUGGCGAUUGCUAGACAGCGAAUCCCAUAUCGACUUGGUCGAGUAGUUGACGAAUGGCUACUCGACAAAGGGCGACAGCUCACAAUCUUCAACAGCCAAACCACCAUUCAGAUUGGUGGCUGGGAGCGUGAGCGGGGCAGCUCGUUUCAGGGCCAGCUCUCGGGCCUCUACUACAACGGGCUGAAGGUCUUCAACAUGGCCGUGGAGGGGGACCCCAACAUCAAGGUCAAGGGCAGCGUACGGCUGGUGGGGGACUCUCCCUCAUCGAUCACGCCCCAGUCGAGCGCCACGGCCAACCGCUCGGAAACAUCCACGUCCAUCAUGGAGAUCACCACGACCACUGCAUCCAACAGACGCAUCAAGCAGACCACUCCACGGGAGCCUCAGCAGACCACGGACGACCUGCUGGUGGCGUCGGCCGAGUGUCCGAGCGACGACGAGGACAUUGAUCCCUGUGAGCCGAGCUCAGGUGGGUUAGCCAACCCCACGGGCGCCAGCCCCAAGGGCUACCCGGGCACGUCGGAGGUGUUCCGGGAGUCCAGCAGCACCACGGGCAUGGUGGUGGGCAUCGUGGCGGCAGCCGCCCUCUGCAUCCUCAUCCUGCUCUACGCCAUGUACAAGUAUCGCAACCGCGACGAGGGCUCCUACCACGUGGACGAGAGCCGCAACUACAUCAGCAACUCGGCCACGCAGGCCAACGGCAGCGUGGUGAAGGAGAACAACGUCAAGCCCAGCGCGCCCGCCAAGGCCUCGGGCAAGGGCAAGAAGAACAAGGACAAGGAGUACUAUGUGUGAUGUUCCUCUCUGUCGCUCUCUCACUCUCUCUCUCUCGCUCUCUCUCUCUUUCGAUCUAUUUCUCGCGCUGUCUCUCUGUCUCUCUCUCUCUCUCUCGCUGAGGUGCCUGUUCCCCACGUCAGCGCCUUCGUCACCGGAGGGGGACCAGAGUCCACUCUUUGACUAUCCGGGGGACGAGACGCACGUCAGAAGAUCCUCGUGUGUACAGUAUAACAAAAAUACCAAUUAUUACGUCUUUGUUCGGUUUUUGCGUUUUUUUUUCUCCUCCCCAUUCCCCGGAUGAUGGUUAAGCUGAAUGGAGACUAUAUGGACAAUGCUGCGCUAGACUCCAUUCAUGGAAACAAUGGGAUGGGAUUUGCACUCGGACGCGCUGACGAGACUGUGAGUCAGAUGGGAAGUGCAAUACCGACUAAUAGACAACAUACAAUAGCUAUCUAACACCCAUCCAUGAUACAUCUCCUUGGACUCAUAUGAUGCGUUUCGACUGCCCGGUUUCUGGCGGUGCGAAGGAAUUAACGGACGUUUCAAGGAACUCUCAGCAUUACAAAACUUAAUGUCCUCAUUAACAUUGCCUGUGUUUGUGCUGUUGAGACUUUUUUUCUAUGAGCAAAUGACACAAUGCAUAUAUACGUGAAUAAAGAAAAAAACGCUAAUAAUAUACUUUGGAUGAAGAGCAAAAUGAAAUUAAAAAAAUUAUCUGUAUGGUAACAAAAGGAAAAAAAGGUCAAAAGAUGGAAUGCCAACCCAGCAGAAGGUUUCGAAGAAUCAGCCAAUCAAUGAGCACUCCAAAAAGGCAGUUAUGGCGGACAAAGGGACUCAACAUUACUGACUGAGCCGAUUUCAAUGCAACCUUCACUUUAACCAGAUGAACAUGUCCAUUGUGCCAGUAUGAAUUCAGGGGGGCCUUCGAUUUCGACAACUCUCUGUGUGAAAUCAAAGUUCUUUCUCCAAAUUCCCACAGAUGAAAACCGAUCAUUUUGAGGGAAGGGUCAUGCACGCAGAAUUAUAUUAUUACAGUACAUAUGUUUAUAUACAGUUAAAAAAAACACAUCUAAAUGUGCUUUAUGGACUGUGAACAAAGUGGUGUUUUCUAGCCUGUUGUAUAGAUGAUGCAAACUAUAACUGCUCCUCCACCCAUUUUUGGAAUAAAACCUAGAAAACUGACAAAAAAGACGAAGUAAGUGUUAAGUGUUGCUAGACCUAGACGAUUUUAAGACAUCUGCGAUAUAUAUUUUUCUUUAUUUGGAUUCCUCAAUCCGGCCUCCUCGCCCUCCUCCCUCUCCCUCCUUUUUACAUUUGUUCCUACAUAGUUUUUUAUACGGACCCUUGAAAUAGACCACCCCUGGGCCCAUUGGGGGCCCAAAACCCAUCCUUCUACAAGUUAAACAGGGGGGCUGUCGUGAUGGCCCCUGUUCUAAGGAUACCGGUGGAACCACUGCCUCCCAGCUCAAUCCUGAUGGAAAUACCUACAUAUGCGAGAGAGUGACCAUUAAGAAUGUGUGCGCAAAGUUGUCGGAUGAUGCCAACGAAUGAUCUUGACCGUGACUGUGUUACCUUGCUUGUGUGUGUGUGUUACAAAAUGGUAUUACAGUAUCUAUGGAUGUCCAUUGUAUGCUUGGGUUGACGAAAAAUAUUAAAAAAAAUGGUCGAGGCAAAUAGUUUUAAGUAAGUCUUCAUUUCAACUGUCCUCUGUCCAUUCCUUUGUUCCUGUCAAUCAACUCUGCUUAUCUUUUUUUAAUGAAAACUGUACUUUGAGGAAAGUGAUUAUCAAACAUAAAUGAUAAUGAUUAUACAUUCUUUGUUUGCUGUUUUCUUUCUUUUUUUCCGUGUUUUUAUGUUCAAAUGUAACACUUCUUAAAUGUCAUCCGAGUGCAAUUUAUUAUAAAAAAAAUAGUUUUUAAAAAUCUAAUGAACAAACAAAUAAAAUAUUACUUCAGUGAA